CUGCCAGAUGACGUAGGAACGGAAAGCACGUCUCGUUUUUGUUUGCGGAAGCAGCCAGACAGCUGUUGAGAUCCUCUGCUUCAUUCCAUACAGGUAAUUCCGAGUUAGUUUUCCACAAUCACAACCACUUUCCCAUUCUUGUCGACUCAGACCAACGCCAUCAACGUCUGUCUACCUACCCAUAACACUGAAAUCAUAAGAAAAGUCCAAGAGAAUAUAUCUGCUCAACUACCUACCCGCACUGUAUCAACCAUGGCUUCUAGCGGAAAGGGUAUCGCCACCACCAACGAAGUAAUCGAGAGCGCCGUUAUUCGGGCUCCGCUCUCGCACGUCUGGCACUUUAUCAAGCUGCCCAACUUCCAUAACUUCUGGUCCGCCAUCGAGAAGGCCGAGCACGUCAAGGGCACCAGCCAGGAAACGGAUGUGGUCAGGUGGACCUUCAAGGAUGGUAGUGUCGUCGAAGUGAAGCAGGAUGAGCACAGCAACCUGGAACACUACAUCACGUACAGCGUCAUCAACGCCGAGCCCAAUCUGACAUACUCGAGCGUUGUGAGCACGAUCCGCUGCUGGGCUGUCACCUCUGGCGAGCUGCAGGAUACGACCUUUGUCCGCUGGACAUCCAAGUUCUCGAGCGAUGCUGACAUCGGCGUUAUUGAGGAUGCCAAGUACAAGCGCCGUGAUGCGCUGAAGGGCCUUGCUGCGGCUGCGGACAAAAUGGUGAAGGAACACUCGAAGUGAAAGGAGAGCGCCGGCUUUAGGUAAUGUCGUUAGGAAAAGAAGAGUGGCUCGAAUCCCAUGCCUGGCCAGUCUGGGUUAAACAACGGAAGGUAACCGUCGACAUUGAUAUAGCGUCUCGCACAACCCCGUUAUGAAAUUAUUAAUGACCGGAGUGAAUGGAAAAGCAAUUCAUUCAA